AUGAGUUCUUUUCGUAUACGAGAAAAAACAUCUGAUGACUCGACACCUAGUGAAACAAAAGGAUAUGAAUGUCUUUGUAUUGGUAGUCAAAAUCUUGGAACACGUAAACCAAUUAUAAAAAUAAAAGUAGUGCGAGUAUCUCUUCAUCGUGUAUUUACAUUGAGUGAUAAUUUUCUUCAAAUAUUUGAUAGUGAUAAUUUACAACCUAUUCCGAAUAUAAAAUUAAAAAAUGUUUCAACAUUUGGUAUAUCAAAUACUUCUGAUCAACAUCAAGGAGGAUAUAUUGACAUAUGUGUAUCAACAAAACGAAAUAAAAUACAAAUCUAUCGAUUAGAUAAAAUAAAUAUUAAUUUAAUAUAUGAAAUAUCUGUUCAAGAUUCAUUUAUAUCAAUUUCAAUGGAUGAUCAUGGUAUUAUUGGAUGUUCUGAAACAGAAUAUUUUUCUUAUGAUUCAUUAAAUAGUAAUGAUCGUCGAUCAAUAAGUUCCUUUACGAGUAUAUUAAAAUUAGAUGAUCCUAAUACAACAGCUUGUUUUACUAAUAUUUCUCCGGGACAAUAUUUACUUAAUGGUCCUAAUGUUGGUGUUACAACAUCUUUACAAGGUAUGAGUCAACGUGCUCCAAUUAUGUUUAUUAGUUCACCUAUAAAUUUUAUUUAUUCACAUCCUUAUUUAAUUGUUCUUGUCAGAGAUUAUAUACAUAUAUAUAGUUAUUUAGAUGAUCAACUUAAACAAGAAAUACCUUUAAAAUAUUGUCGAACAUUAUUAACAAUGCAACAAGAAAAUAUUAAAAAUAUUAUUGUUACUAAUAAAGAUAAUAUUUAUUUACUUGUACCACUUAGUCUUGAAGAACAAAUUGAACAAUUAUUGAAUAGUUAUCGAUUACAAGAAGCAUUAACAUUAGCAGAAAGUACUUGUUCAUCAAUUAAACAACGUAAUACAAAUCGACUUGUUUUAUCAACAAAAAAACGUAUUGCACUUAUUGAAUUUACUUCAAUGAAUGUUGUUCGUGCAUUAAGUUUAUUUGAUGAUAUUAAUUUGGAUUUUCAUGAAAUUAUGACACAAAUACCAAAUUUUCUACCAUUAAAUUCUCCAUGGCCAAAUAUAGAUGAAAAUCUUAAAAAUCAAUAUAUUCAAUGGUUAAAUGCAUUUUGUGAUUAUAUGAGAAAAAAAUCAGCAGAAUUUUCUCGUCAAUCAGACUAUUAUCCAGCACUAUUAAAAGCAUAUUUAAUUGUUACAUCUCGUGAAAUAAUCAUUGAAUUUAUUCAAACAAAUUCUUCAUAUAUUCCAGUUGAUUAUUGUAAAAUUCUUAUUGAUGCACAACAUUAUCAUGCUACAGCAUUACUUUAUUCUGCGCAUGAAAAACAUGAACAAGCAAUUGAUAUAUGGAAAAAACUUGUAUCAAAUGAAUAUUCGAAUGAUGAAACAUUUCCUGGUAUAUGGAUUAUUGCAAAAUAUAUACUUGAACGAAAUAUUGAUCGAUCAUUAGAAUUUUCUAUUGCAACAUGGUUAUUAGAACGACAUGAAGAAGAAUUAGCAUUAAAAAUUUUCACUAGUAAAUAUCAAAGUGAAUCAAAUAAUGAUCCAUUCUCUUCAAAACAAGUUAUUAAUUUAAUAAAAACACAUCCAAUUGCAUUAGUAACUUAUCUUGAAUAUGCUGUAUUUAAACUUAAACUUGAAACUGAUGAAAUUCAUACAAUGUUAGUUAAUAUUUAUCUUGAUCAAAUUUUAUCAAAAUCAGAUAUUGAUAAUGAACAAACACGUUCUAAACUACAAGCAUUUAUAAUAACAUCGAAUUCUUAUCGUGUUCAAACUAUUUUAAAUCGAAUUAAUCAAACAAAUCGAUUACAACGUGAAGUAGCUCUUCUCUAUGGCAAAAUGAAUAAAUUUGAACAAGCUUUUCGAAUACUUGUUGAUGAACUUGAAGAUUUUGAAUAUGCUGAAAAUUAUUGUAUAGCUUUAUCACAAGGAAAAUCAAGUGAUGAUAGAAAAAUAGUUGCUCAUGUUUUAUUUAAAGUUUUUCUUAAUUCAUUAAACAAAUAUCCAAAUGAAAUAAAAACAGCAUUACUUCGUCUUCUUUGUAAUAAUGAAAUUGAAUUUGAUUUUAUUGAAGUUUUACAACAUUUACCAUCUCAUUGGUCUUUAGCAUCAUUAUCUCAAAUUCUUCUACGUGCUUUACGUACUUAUUCAUAUACUCAACGAUCAACUAAAAUUGAAUCAUCUUUAAUUCGUGUACAAAAUGAAAAAUUAAAUAUAAAAUUACGUCAAUUAAAAUGUUUAAAUACAAUGAUUAAUGAACAACGUCAAUGUAAACAUUGUUUACAACAAUUUUAUGAAACAUCAUGUGUUAUUUAUCAAGAUGGAAGUCAAGUUCAUGUUCAUUGUGCAAAAAAUUAUAAUCGAAAUUAA